CAGAAAAGUGUAAUAAUCUGUUCUUCAAGGCCAUAAGAGAUAGCACCACAAAAAUGAAUGGUAAAUUCCAGGGAGCAUUUAAAAUUAUUAAAAUAGGCUCUUUUAUUUUUCCAAAUGCUUCUCACUCUUGGGGAGAGAAAUUUUAUGAGUGCUAUCUAUGCAGAUUUAGCUGAAUUCAGAUCUUCUCUAUGAUCUUUUCACAAAUACGAUGCAGUAUUAAGUUAGGACUCUAAGCGUCGCUGUUCACUAACCCGGGUAAGGAAAGCAAAGAGAGCUCCAGUUAUAUCCUCCAAGCACAAAGCAGAUCAGAUACAAAAGCUCUGCAGCUGCGCAAAAAUUCUGACCUAAAACGCCUCGCGUCGGAACUCUGCUUGUUUAUGGAUCUUGAACUCUGAUUCUGAGCAGCCCAAGAGCAGAGCGAACCUGUUCCGCCUCCGCAUCACUCCAAGGAAGUCCAUAAGGAGCCAGUCAUGGCGGCUCUGCAAAGGCGCUGGCACCACAGCCGGUUUGUCCUGCUUUAUAUGCUCCUGGGGACGCUGUGGGGGGCCGGGGUCCCGGCGGGGCCAAUCCGUUACUCCAUUCCUGAGGAACUGGACAAAGGCUCCUUCGUGGGCAACAUCGCGGAAGAUCUGCGGCUGGAGCCCCAGGAGCUGGCGGAGCGCGGAGCCAGGAUUGUCUCCAGAGGUAGGACGCAGCUUUUCGCUCUGAAUCCUCAAAGAGGCAGCUUGGUCACCGCGGGCAGGAUAGACAGGGAGGAGCUCUGCGCUCAGAGCCCGCGUUGUUUGGUGAGUUUUAACAUCCUCAUUGAGGACAAAUUAAAUCUUUAUCCCGUAGAGGUGGAAAUAGUGGACAUUAAUGACAAUACACCCCAAUUCUUAAGGGAAGAAUUGGAAGUGAAAAUUCUUGAAAACGCAGUCCCAUCCUCCCGUUUUCCACUAGUGGAGGUCUCUGACCCGGAUGUGGGAGUGAACUCUCUUCAGGGCUUCCGGCUCAGCGGGAGUAGUCACUUCUCAGUGGACGUGUCAAGUGAAACUGAUGGGCCCAGAUACCCGGAGCUGGUGCUGGAGCACGCUCUGGACCGGGAGGGAGAGUCUAUUCACCACUUGGUUCUUACUGCCAUGGAUGGAGGUGACCCUGUCCGUUCAGGCAUCGCGAGAAUUCUGGUAACUGUCCUAGAUGCGAAUGAUAAUCCUCCAGUGUUUACUCGGCCUGUCUACCUUGUGAGUGUUCCUGAAAAUCUGCCAAUAGGGACACCACUGUUGUCAGUAAAUGCCACCGACCAGGACGAAGGGGUCCAUGCAGAAGUAACAUAUUCCUUUGUGAGAAUAACAGAAAAGGUCUCAAAGAUUUUCUGCUUGAAUGUUUUCACUGGAGAAAUAUCAAUUUCUGCAAAUCUAGACUAUGAGGAUUCCAGCUUUUAUGAGCUGGAGGUUGAAGCUCGGGAUCAGCCAGGUCUACAAGGCAGAGCAAAAGUCUUAAUAACUGUCUUAGAUGUGAAUGAUAAUGUCCCAGAAGUAGUCGUCACAUCUGGAGGCAAGUCCGUUGUGGAAAGCACUCCUCCAGGAACAGUAAUUGCUCUUUUUCAAGUGUAUGACCGUGACUCUGGACUGAAUGGCCUGGUAACAUGUUCUAUCUCAAAAAGUCUGCCAUUUGAGCUAGAAAAGUCAGUAGACAAUUAUUAUCGAUUAGUGACCAAUACAGUUCUAGAUCGAGAACAGGUAUCCCUGUACAAUAUCACUGUGACAGCCACAGACAAAGGGGUGCCACCUCUGUCUACAGAAACCUUGAUCACUCUACAUGUGUCAGACACCAACGACAACCCACCUUCCUUUCCCCACUCUGCCUACUCUGUCUAUGUCCCUGAGAACAACCCCAGAGGUGCUUCCAUCUUCACUGUGACUGCACACGACCCUGACAGUGACGAGAAUGCCAGAGUCACUUACUCCCUGGGUGAAGACACCAUCCAGGGUGUGCCUCUAUCCUCCUAUGUCUCCAUCAACUCUGACACUGGUGUCCUGUAUGCAUUGCACUCCUUCGACUAUGAGCAGUUCCGUGACUUGCAAUUGAGAGUGACAGCACAGGACAGCGGGGACCCACCGCUCAGCAGCAACGUGUCCCUGAGUCUGUUUGUGCUGGACCAGAAUGACAAUGCACCCGAAAUACUGUACCCUGGCAGUUCAGGACCAUGCAUCCCAGAUGUUCUGGCCGACCUGGGCAGCCUGGAGGUCCCUCAUGACUCCGAAGCCUCGGGCCUCACUCUGUACCUGGUGGUGGCAGUGGCUGUGGUCUCCUGCGUCUUUCUCGCCUUUGUCAUCAUCCUCCUGGCACUCAGGCUCAGGCGCUGGCACACGUCACGCCAUCUGCAGGGUUCUGGAGGUGGGUUGGUGGGCGUACCUGCCUCGCACUUUAUGGACGUGGACGGGGUGCGGGCUUUCCUGCAGACCUACUCCCAUGAGGUCUGCCUCACUGCUGACUCUCGGAAGAGUCACCUGAUCUUCCCCCAGCCCAACUAUGCAGACACGCUCAUCAGCCAGGAGAGCUGUGAGAAAAGCGAUCCUCUUUUGCUUCAGGAAGAUUCAGGUUUUUGUAAAGAGGAAGGAUCCCUUGUUCAGAGCGUUCCAGGAAACAUCCGGAAACACAACAGGAGGUAG